CGGGAUUUUCUGAUGCUGGCCCAGACCCACAGCAAGAAGUGGCAGAAAUCGCUGCAGCACGAGCGGGAUCAACGGAUCCGGCUGGAGGAGACCCUGGAGCAACUGGCCAAGCAGCACAACCAUCUGGAGAGGGCUUUCCGUGGUGCCACCGUCCUCCCUGCGAGCGCAUCCGGCACCAGUGGCUCUGCCAAAGACCCAUGCUGCCCUACAAAAGGAGACCUGAGUGAUGAAGACGAUGACAACGAGUUCUUUGAUGCCCCAGAGAUCAUCCCCAUGCCGGAGAGCCUGGGCCACAAGAGAACCGGCACCCGCAUCCCCUACAACCCCAACUACAGCCUCAACCUCUGGAGCAUCAUGAAGAACUGCAUCGGGAAGGAGUUAUCCAAGAUCCCCAUGCCCGUCAACUUCAACGAGCCCCUGUCCAUGCUGCAGCGCUUGACAGAGGACCUGGAGUACCACGACCUGCUGGACCGGGCAGCCAAGUGUGAGAGCUCGCUGGAGCAGCUCUGCUACGUGGCCGCCUUCACCGUCUCCUCCUAUUCCACCACUGUUUUCCGCACCAGCAAACCCUUCAACCCUCUCCUGGGGGAGACCUUCGAGCUGGAUCGCCUGGAGGAGAACGGGUACCGCUCCCUCUGCGAGCAGGUGAGCCAUCACCCUCCUGCUGCUGCCCAUCACGCUGACUCCAAGCAUGGGUGGACGCUGCGCCAAGAGAUCAAGAUCACCAGCAAGUUUCGAGGCAAAUACCUCUCUGUCAUGCCUCUGGGUACCAUCCACUGCGUCUUCCACUCUUCUGGCAACCACUACACGUGGAAAAAGGUCACCACCACCGUGCACAACAUCAUUGUGGGCAAGCUCUGGAUAGACCAGUCAGGUGAAAUAGAGAUUGUCAACCACAAGACGGGUGACAAAUGCAACCUCAAGUUCGUUCCUUACAGCUACUUCUCCCGGGAUGUGGCGAGGAAGGUCACCGGGGAGGUGACAGACCCCAUGGGGAAGGUGCAUUUCGUCCUGCUGGGCACUUGGGAUGAGAAGAUGGACUGUUAUAAGGUGACCCUGGGUGCUGGGGACAACGGAACAGAGGGACGACAGAAAGCCCACGAGGCUGAGGACAGCCGAGUGCUGCUGUGGAAGAGGAACCCGCUCCCGAAGUAUGCAGAGAACAUGUACUACUUCUCGGAGCUGGCGCUGACGCUGAACGCUCCGGAGAGCGGCACAGCACCCACAGACAGCCGCCGGCGCCCCGACCAGCGCCUCAUGGAGAACGGGCGUUGGGAUGAGGCCAAUGCUGAGAAGCAGAGGCUGGAGGAGAAGCAGCGUCUGUCCCGCAAGAGACGUGAGGCUGAAGCUGCCAGAGCCACCGAGGAUGGUAAGGAAAGAGCCUGA